AUGGGGAUCAAGGAGGACUGGAAAUCAGAGGGGAAUUUGGAGGCCCCGUCAGCCAUCUGUGGCACCAACUCUGGGACUGUGUGUUUGGGACCAGCUGAGCCCCCGUCGGAGAGGCCCGGGCAGCCCUGGGGACCCUGGAGGGCCUCCCCAGACUGCCAGGGAGACGGGAGAGGCCAGCGGGAGCCCCCGGUGCGGGGAGGUCCAGCCCCCAGCCCCAGGCCAGGCAGGGAAGGGGAGGAGCCCUGCUGGGUGCCCAAGGACCUGCGGUUCAUCUUUCCGGGGUGCCUCGUCCUGCUGCCCCUUUUACCUGACCAGAUGCCGGCGGAGUGGGAAAUCUCACUUCAAGAGCUGGGCAGGGGGCUGGAGUGUGUGGUCAGUGCUUGGUCUGGCCAGUGCCCAGCAGGCUCCUGCCCCAUGUGCCCCUACUGCCUGGUCAUGGGACUGGCACAGGACUGCAGUGACCACAGCUUCCUUGCAGCCAGAACCACCAAGGCCGUGGGCAUUGCCACCCAGGCCGCCACCGGCUCCACCGCAGACGCUACUGCCGGAGACCCAGAAGCUGUGAAGGGGUCUCAGUCCGGGAUAAGCAGAAUACAGGCCUGCGGUGGGCCCCGAGGGCUGCUGGGCCCCACAGCCGGAGGCCUUCACCAACAAAAACCCGCAUGCCUCCGCCUUAACCAGCACUGCCAGGGCCCCCCAAUUUGGGCCCAAGGUGGAGCAAAGCAAAGCAAGAGACUGAAGAAGGCUCAGACCCAUAGGAACCUCUCCCGGGUGUCAAGUGAGAACAGACAGCCUCUCGGGCAGCCUCGGACAGUGGCCAGGACAGGUCAUGAAGGCAUUGUGACCCCACCCUCGGGUGGCCCCUAUGCCAUGUCGUACCCCCGGCCACAGCUGCCCGGGCCCCUCCCCACACGGAACCUCUUCCUGGUCAGCUGCUGGACCCGUGGGAAGUCUAUGGGGGACAGUAGCGAGGACCCUCAGAGUCAGCAGAGGCCGCAAGACCAUGCAAGGGCCCCUGAACAGGCUGCGGAAACGCAGGACCACCCUGACCAGACCUUCCUCACCGUCCCCUCCGAUGGCCUCAAAACUGCCACUCCACCAGCUGUCUUGGUGGAUGGGUCACUGGCCUCUCCGGAGCAGGGACCCUUCUUCUACAUAGGGGGCAGCAACGGAGCAGCCAUAAUCAGCUCCUACUGCAAGGAGAGGGGCUGGCAGCGCACCCAGGACAGCCGCUGUGAGGAUUACAUGCUCAAGUGGUGCGAGAUCAAGACCAGGGCCAGCUACUGCGCCUUCCGGGAAGGCGAGCAGCUGUUGUACCAGCUGCCCAACAACAAGCUCUUGACCACCAAGAUCGGGCUUCUCAGCGUGCUCCGGGAGUACUCACGCAACUCCAGCAAGGUUUGCAAGACGCUGCUCGGCGCCCAGGCCAGGCUCCUGAGGAUGGAAGAGUUCUUCCCAGAGACCUACCGUUUAGACAUCAAGGACGAGAGAGAGGCCUUCUUCACCCUGUUUGAUGACUCCCAGCCAUGGAUCUGUAAGCCCACAGCCUCCAACCAGGGCAAAGGCAUCUUCCUGCUCAGGACCCACGAGGAGGUGGCCGCCCUGCAAGCAACCGCCCAGAGCACCGAGAAUGACCCAGAUCACCGGAAGAUGCCACUCCGCAUGACUCAGGCUCGGGUGGUGCAGAGGUACAUCCAGAACCCGCUGCUGCUCGAGGGGAGGAAAUUUGACGUGCGCUCCUACCUGCUCAUCGCCUGCACCGUGCCCUACAUGGUCUUCUUCGGCCACGGCUACGCGCGGCUCACGCUCAGCCCCUACGACCCUCACUCCAGAGACCUCAGCAGCCACUUGACCAACCAGUUCAUGCAGAAGAAGAGCCCCCUCUACGGGACGCUCAAAGAGGACACCGUGUGGAGCAUGGAGCACCUCAACCGCUACAUCAACGACAAGUUCCGCAAAGCCAAGGGCCUCCCCCAAGACUGGGUCUUCACCAGGUUCACGAGGCGCAUGCAGCAGAUCAUGCUACACUGCUUCCUGGCCGUGCGCUCCAAGCUCGAAUGCAAACUCGGCUACUUCGACCUCAUCGGCUGUGACUUCCUGAUCGACGAGGACUUUAAGGUGUGGCUGCUGGAGAUGAACUCGAACCCGGCCCUGCACACCAACUGCGGAGUCCUGAAGGACGUGAUUCCCAACGUGGUCGUGGAGACCCUGGACCUGGCCCUGGAGACCUUCCAGAAGAGCCUGCGCAGCCAGAAGAUGCGGCCGCUUCUGUCCCAGCGCCACUUCGUGCUGCUCUACAGCGGGGAGACUGACCUGUGGCCGCGCCCAUGGGGGCCCCGCGGGGUGUCCCACCUGCUGCCCCCUUUCGUGCCCUCCUCGCUCUGCUCCUCGAGCAGGCACAGGCUGGACACACGCAGGCCGGGGCAUCCCCGACCGCCCCUGCCGCCCGUCCCCAUCCCCGAGCAGGUGCCCGGUGGAGAUCUGAAACCAGACCCCGAGCAGCCACCCCCGGAGACCUGGGACGGGGCGCAGGAGCCUCCAGAGGUCCCAGAGCCGGAGGAGCCUGAGCUCAGGGGCACGGAUCACCGUGGCUCCUAG